AUGGCAUCAACAAUGGAGAAUAUAACAGAAAUGGAGAGUGAGAGAGUUGAACAGGGCACUCAUAAGGAAUUGGAAACUGAAGAGCAAAGUCAGGAUACUGUUAUGGAAACUGAUAUGGGAACUGAAACUGGAGAGCAAAGUCAGGACAAUGUAAAGGAAACCGAGAAUGAGAAUCAAGAAGAUACAGAAGAAGAGGAAGCUCCCGUCAGUGAACAUAAAGAUUCUCCUUGUCCCAUGGUUACAGAAGAAGAUACUUCUCUUGCUUCAAGCAGGGUGGCUCCUACUCUUGAGAAGGAGACCAACACUGAUGAUCCUACAAAGAUUGAUGAUGAGAAAACCCAUGAUGAGAAGAGUUCCCAAUUAGAAACAAGCCCGCAUCUUAGUCCUUCUCCUUCGGUGGCUUUAGAUCCUGAAGAAGGGUUAAUUAAGGCUUCUGUGGAGGACACCAUAGAACAUAACACGGAUACUGCAGUACAAAGCGAAGUAAGUUCGGAUCUCUUGAAACAUGACGGAGAUUCUGUCAUGGUUGACGAAGAUACUGAAUUAGUACAUGGAGAAACAACUACAUCACCUGACACCAAGCUCUCUGAUGACAAAGGAUCACCGCAUCAUCAUGAUGAUAGUGUGAUGGAGCAGGACAAAGCUGCAGAAGAACACGACAUAAUAUCCUCAGGAGACCACAACGAAAUUCCAGUCAAUCCUGAUACCAAACUCUUGGAGGAAAAAGGUUCACCGCAUCAUCAUGCUAAUACUGACAUGGAACAGGACAAUGCUGUAUCCUCAGGAGACCAUAACAAAUUUCCAGUCAAUCCUGAUGCCAACAACGAAUCACCGCAUGAUCAUGCUAAUACUGAGAUGGAGCUGGAAAAAUCUGCAGAAGAACAUGAGAUCAUAGCCUCUGGAGACCAUGACGAAUCUCCAGCCAAUCCUGAUACCAAAGUUGUUGAGGGGAACAGUGAAAGGAUAGACGAGGGGGAGGCUAACAAUAUGAAUUUGGCUGACCAUGGAAGUGGUCCAGUUGAUAAUGAUCAAAUUACCACAACGGAGCUUGACGAAGGGCCUGGUUCUGAGACCGUAUUGGAACUGGAGGAUAAGCCAUCCGAGCCUCUCACAGAAACCUCAAUGAACGGGAAAAAAGAGCCAGACAUGCCUGCCACUGAAAAUUUGACAGAAAAUGACCAGAAUUCUGAUGUGUUGACUGCUGGAGUUCCAGGAGACAAUAAAGAAGUGUUAUCUCUCUUGCCCGCUACCCAGACUUCAUCUGAUCAUAACAAAGAAAUGGAUACAUUUGAAGCUGAACCUUCGGAAGACAUGAAACUUGACGUACCUGAUUCUAAAUUGGUUGCUGAAGCUAGUGUUGACGCUACUAAUAACAACGAUGCAAAUGCCGAAGCUCCUACGAAUGCUGAAAAGGAAGAUAAUUCUAUAGUAACUGUAAUAACUGGUGCUGAAAAUGAGAGUGCGUUAGUGAUAAGUGAAUCUGGUCCUCCCUGUGUUGCAUCUUCCAGUAUAAAGUCUGAAGUGGGGGUAAGUGGUGGUUUGAAUAAUGGGGUCCAUAAAAGAGAUAUACCACCUGGUUUUGAUGGGAAGAUGACCGCAAAGCGGUCUUUCCUCUUGGAUGAUAUGUCGGAUGGUAAUGAAUCUGGAACUGAGGAGGAUCAAUCUGCUUUUAUGAAAGAAUUACAUGGUUUCUUUAAAGAGAGAAGCAUGGAUUUCAAACCUCCAAAAUUCUAUGGGGAGACACUAAACUGCCUUAAGUUGUGGAGAGCUGUAACUAGAUUGGGCGGUUAUGACAAGGUUACUGGAUGCAAACUAUGGCGGCAAGUAGGAGAGUCUUUCAGGCCCCCAAAGACAUGUACAACGGUAUCUUGGACUUUCCGAGGUUUCUACGAAAAGGCUCUUCUUGAAUAUGAGCGGCAAAAAGUCAUUGGAGGUGAACUUCAUAUACCCCUUGCUUCUGAACCAGAACCAAUGGGUAUUGAUAAUCAGGCUUCUGGAUCAGGUAGAGCAAGGAGAGAUGCAGCAGCACGUGCUAUGCAAGGUUGGCAUUCGCAGCGUCUUAAUGGGAACGGUGAAGUUAGUGACCCUGCAAUGAAGGAUAAGAAUUUAGUUGUUCAUCAAAAGCGCGAAAAACAGAUAGGAACCACCACCCCUGGUUUGCUCAAACGCAAGAGGCCGUCCUCUGCUGAACAUGGUGCAAAAAGUGCCGUCCUAGUGUCUAGACCUAUGUCGGAUGUGACAGUUGUUGAUGUUGGAGCACCAGCUGAUUGGGUGAAGAUUAACGUACAGAGAACGCAAGAUUGCUUUGAGGUGUAUGCAUUAGUUCCAGGACUAGUCCGCGAAGAGGUCCGAGUCCAGUCAGAUCCGGCUGGGCGGUUGGUAAUAAGUGGCGAGCCCGAGAACCCUAUGAAUCCCUGGGGAGCUACUCCUUUCAAAAAGAUUGUAAGUUUGCCGACAAGAAUUGAUCCGCAUCACACAUCGGCUGUGGUGACCUUAAACGGACAGUUAUUCGUCCGUGUGCCUCUCGAGCAAUCUGAUUAG